AUGCUUUUUGGCCAUUCCCGACAUAAUUCCCUCGGCGCUUUUGCAAUACUAUCUUUAAUAACUAGAGCAGCUAUUGAAAAAGUUGAUCAAAUACUUAUUAAUGAUAGGAAUGGAGGUGCUAGUCCCAUUUAUGAUUAUUCAACGAUAUCUCCUUCGCCAACAUCUGACGAUAACGAAACUAUUAGGAUUAUGAACAGUACUUUCUUUGACGGAGAAGAUCAAUUGUUGAUUGAUGAGAGCACAUUAAACACAUCCUCAAUUAUUGCUGAAUUAAAUAUUUCCUCUUCUGAUGAGAAUAUUAUUGACAAUAAUAAUCACAAUAAUCCAUUACUUAGCGACCCUAUACAACUUUCUGUUCCAAAAUUAAUUCAAAACAAUACAAAUAUUACUGUUGGAGAAAUUGGUAAAAGAUUAAGUGAAAUUAAGCCAAUACAUAUUGCUACUUUAAUUUUAUUUUUGGGUGGAAUUUUUCAGGUAAUUAUGGGUAUAUUUCGUUUGGAUUUUCUUUCAUGCUAUUUCUCUGAACAAGUUAUGACUGGAUUUGUUUUGGGAGGAUGUGUACAUGUAUUUUUCUCACAACUCGGGGACCUAUUGGGCAUCCAGCAUUUAUUGCCUCCUCGAUCUGGACGUGGAUAUUUAUAUACUCGUGUUUUUGAUAUAAUUGAUCAUUUAAAGUUUACAAAUAUCCAGACAAUGAUAAUAAGUAUUUGUUCUAUUUUCUUUCUUCUUUUUACUCAACAAAUUUUUGAACCAUGGCUAGCAGAUGCUUUUGAGUUUCCAAUACCUUAUGAACUUUUAUUGGUAAUUAUCGGAAUAACUGCAACAAAUUUUGGAGAUCUUUCUAAUAGGCAUAAUAUUACUGUUGUUGGAAAUAUACCAACAAAGUAA